GCAAAAUCGAAUAUUAUUCCAUUCUCCACCAUCUCAUAUUCAAUCCUUUAUUUUUUGUUUUCUUUCUUGAACCGUUCACCUUCCACCCGACCCAAUCUAUCUCUUCUCAUCUCCCUUUCUUCCCCUUUGUUUGAUGCUCUUCAUUCUAUCUUAACAUCAUGGGGCGCCUUCAACUUCUUCUUCAAUAUCACAGAAGGUUGUCAGAGGCCGUCGCUGAAGAAAAAUGCAAAUCGAUUUGUGACUCUAAUGAAUCUUGUUAUGAGAAAUGCAUGAAAUCCCCUUCUCCUCCGCCUAUCUCUUCACCGUCUCCUCAUUCAAACAAAGCUCACAAGUUCUUGAUAAUCACACUCACAGUUUUCGCCGUUACUUUUGUUGCUCUGUGUUUUUAUAUUCUCUACUUCAAGAUCUACUUAAAUUGGCGUGCUUCAAGGAGAUCAGCAUCGUCACAGCCGCCACAAACAGAUGAUGAUGAAACCCAUGAUGAUUUUCUUGAUGAAGAUCACGGUCCGGUCGUUGACCACCACAUCUGGUACAUCAACACCGUUGGUUUGCAGCCGUCGAUUAUAGGCGCCAUCACCGUUUGCAAGUAUAAGAAAGGCGAUGGUCUUGUUGAAGGAAGCGAGUGCUCCGUUUGUUUGAACGAGUUUGAGGAGGACGAGACUCUCAGACUUUUGCCUAAAUGUAAUCACGCUUUUCAUGUCCCUUGUAUUGAUACUUGGCUUCGUUCUCACACCAAUUGCCCCAUGUGCCGAGCUCCGAUUGUCAAGUAUAACACGUCCGGUGAAUCAUCUUCUUCAUCAACAACACCCGACUCCAUUACUGAUAAUUCAGCUGUUAGCAGUGAUACUCAGGUUGAAGUUUUGCGAGAUGAUGGAGAAACCGAGAGAGAAUUGGAAGAAGAAAUUCUUGAAAGGAGGAUUGGGAUUAAACCAAUUAGAAGAUCGGUUUCUUUGGAUUCUGUAUCAGCUUUUAAGAUAAGUCGAGUUGUUGGUAAUUUUAGUAUUGAAGAAGAAAGUAGAGGGAAUUCAGAUGCCCAGAUGGGGAAAGAGAAAGAUUCAAGAAUGAGAAUUGUUUCAAGAAGAGUAAGCAGAACUGAAAGCUUGAGAAGAUUUGUGGGAAGUUCUUCAAUUGCAAGAUCUUUGCAGAUUGGUCCAGUUUCAUUCAAAAGAUCAUUUUCUUGCAGUGGAAAAUUCUUGUUGCCAAGGAGUAGCUGAAGACGCGACUCAAAAUGUUUCAGGUCAGAUAUCCACAAACUUGAGAGUCCAGAUGAAUCGGAGGGCUCAUUUUUUUUUUGGUUCUAAAAAAUAAUUGAAACUGCAUACCAAACUCAGCUCUGUGACAAAGUCUUCUAUUUAGAAAAGCCCUUGAUAUUUUAAUUAUAUAUGGUUAUAUAUAGUGAUAAGAGAGGCUGAUCGAGGGAAAGGAUAUUACCUGUUAGAGGAUAAAUUUUGUUGUAUUAAGUUUGCGAGGAGAUCCAUGAAAGGGAAUGGAUUUUCUUUAGCAAAGAAGUGUUUGUAAGUAAAAAACUCUCUUCUUGCGAAGUGAUGAUGAUACUGUCUGUACACAAUUUUGAUUGAUAAAAUGAUGAUUUCUG